AUGGACAAUAAGAAGGAAGACGGUUCGAGUAAAUCUGACAGUUCAAAAAAUGUGACAAGUUCGACAGGAGAAGCACUUCAAAACUGUACAGAAUCAGAAUGGGACGCAUCAGAUGAACCGUAUUCAGCAGAACUACUGAAUGUUAAAAAGAAGCCUAAUCGAGUGAAUGUUUUCUCUGCAACAGAAAAGAAUAUGGAAACUGUAAUCGUAACUGAAGUAUCACCACCACAAACUCCACUGCAACCAAAACCAGUCAUCGAACAUCACAAUCUGGCUCGUUUAAUCCAGAAGUCGUGUCAAUUACUUUUGGAGAAAACGACAGCUGAAGGGACCGAAGUACAUUUAAAAAUGGAGUUUCCUGACUGGAGAGAUUCUGCAUGA